UUCUGCUCUGCGCUCUGAGGAGACACACAGCUCUCCAAACGCACCGCUGUCUGUUUGCUCACUGAGAAUCUGGAAGAUAACAGACUUAAAGAGGAUUAUAGUUUCGGGGCUUCAUCAACAGGAGAGCCUUCGCAACAACCAGGUGAGCCAUGACGUCAUUGUUGUUACUGUGUUUGUGUCUUCGGGUAAUCUCAGCGAAAUGGCUCUUUACAGAUUACUUAUAUACGGAGCCAGAAAGAACCCUGAGUGUUAGCAUUCCCAUUGCGGAACCUCUCCAAGCUUUAAUGGGAGAUACAUUGGUUCUGCCUUGCUAUUUCCAAGAUGACACAGUACCUGACCCAGGUGCUCCCACCAUAGCGCCUUUGUCCCAUCGCAUCAAAUGGAGCAUUAUCACCAAAAAUGAGACCAUAGACAUAUUGGUAGCCGCCGAGGGUAUCGUGGCUCUGAAUAAAAAGUACACGGAUAGGGUUCAAAUGGUGGCAUACCCCACCAGCCCAAAUGAUGGCAGCAUUAAAAUCACGCAACUUCUUUCAAACGAGUCUGGAGUGUACCGCUGUGAAGUUGUGCAUGGAAUCGAAGACAGCCAUGAUACUGUGAAUGUCCAGGUUCAAGGCAUUGUAUUCCACUACCGUGCCAUUACUUCCCGUUACACCCUGACGUUUGAGAAGGCACAGGCAGCCUGUAUUGAAAAUAGUGCUGUGAUUGCCACACCAGAGCAGCUACAGGCAGCAUACGAUACAGGGUACCACCAGUGUGAUGCUGGCUGGCUUUCUGACCAAACUGUUAGGUAUCCUAUCCACGAUCCCCGAGAAGCCUGCUAUGGUGACAAGUAUGAAUUCCCCGGAGUGAGAACGUACGGAGUAAGAGAAAUUGACGAGACAUAUGAUGUGUAUUGCUUUGCUGAGAAGAUGUCAGGGAGGGUGUUCUAUUCCACAUGCCCUGGAAAGUGCACUUUUGGUGAAGCAAAGACCAAGUGUGCUAAGCUGGGUGCUAAAUUAGCCACAACUGGCCAGCUCUACCUGGCCUGGCAGGCUGGUAUGGAUGAAUGUAAUGCAGGCUGGCUGGCAGACGGAAGUGUCCGCUAUCCUAUCAACAUUGCCAGACCACAGUGUGGAGGAGGUCUGCUGGGAGUGCGCACUGUGUACCGCUUCAUCAAUCAGACAGGCUACCCGCUACCAGAAUCAAGAUAUGAUGCUAUCUGUUACACAGAUGAGGUGGAAGAGGGCUCAGCCAUAUUCAACAUCAUCCCAGAGUCCACAACUGAUGUAUUAAGUGUGGGCAUGGUGACAGACGGCCCACCAGAGUUUAUUAUGGAGACCUCUACCAAGAGUGAGGCGAUUGGCGAAGUUGAAACUCACAAACCCCCCACCACUACUGCUGACUUUCUCUAUGUAGAGCAGAAUAUCACACAGCUGCCUCUGUUAUCGCCACCCAGUACCAUUGGCGACAUUGUAGAAGUGGUGACUGCACAGCCUGACCUUGGAUUAGCCAAGACACCUGGAUUUUCUGAUGAAAAUGCAACAGAACCUGUGAUGUCCCUUACUGGUGUUGUCUUUCACUACAGACUAGGCCACAGUCGCUAUGCUUUUACCUUUGUUGAGGCUCAGCUAGCCUGUCAGAACAUAGGUGCAGUGAUUGCCAAUCCUCAACAGUUACAGGCUGCCUAUGAAGCUGGGUAUCACCAAUGUGAUGCAGGCUGGCUGAUAGACCAGACUGUGAGGUACCCUAUUGUAUCCCCACGAGAGAAAUGUGCUGGUGAUAUGGAAGAUAUGCCCGGUGUGAGGUCUUAUGGUGUACGACCUGCCAGUGAGAACUAUGACGUGUAUUGCUACAUGGACAAACCAAGAGGGAAUGUUUUUCAUGUGAGCUCACUUGAGGGUUUUACAUAUCAUGAAGCAAUGGCCUCUUGCCAUGCCCAGAAUGCCUCUUUGGCCUCCACAGCUGAUCUGUAUAUGGCCUGGAAGCAAGGAUUUGAUAAGUGCCGUGCUGGCUGGCUCAUUGACCACAGUGUUCGUUAUCCUAUUAAUAAUCCCAGGCCUCAAUGUGGAGGAGGGAAAUCAGGAGUCCACACAGUCUUUAAGUUUCCCAACCAAACUGAAUAUCCUGAUAUGCACUCCAAAUUUGAUGCCUACUGCUUGAAAGUUGAUCUCGAAUUAUACAUUUAUGAUACUGAGUCGAACAUGACAUGGAUUGAAGAAGAGCUGGUAAACCUGACCUUGAUAACUGGCCUUCUUGUGAAUCAUACCAUUGUUUCUCCUAUUCCUGUGGACCUCUCUGGAUCUGGUUCAGCAGACCUGCCAUCUGGGACCAGUGGUUCUUCUGGUGAUGUGUCAGCUAGUGGAAGUGGGGAGCAGCCUACAGGGGCAUCAUACAAAGAAGGAGAACCUUCAGGGUCUGGACUGGCUAGUGGGUCUUCAGGUUUAGGAGGAGAACUUUCAGGAUUUGGACUUACUAGUGGGUCAUCAGGUUUAGGACAGGAACUGUCAGCAUCUGGAUCGCCAAGCGGUUCUUCAGGUUUAGAAGGAGAACUUUCAGGAUCUGGACUGCCAAGUGGGUCUUCAGGUUUAGCAGGAGAACUUUCAGGAUCUGGACUGCCAAGUGGGUCUUUAGACUUAGGAGGAGAACUUUCAGGAUCUGGACUGCCAAGUGGGUCUUCAGGUUUAGCAGGAGAACUUUCAGGAUCUGGACUGCCAAGUGGGUCUUCAGACUUAGGAGGAGAACUUUCAGGAGCUGGACUGCCAAGUGGGUUUUCAGGUUUAGGCGGAGAACUUUUAGGAUCUGGACUGCCAAGUGGGUCAUCAGGUAUUGGAGGAGAACUUUCAGGAUCUGGACUGCCAAGUGGAUCUUCAGGUAUUGGAGGGGAACUUUCUGGAUCUGGGCUACAUGAAAACUUGUCUGGCUCAGGCCUUAGUGGUGAUGGCUCAGGCAUAAGUGUGACUUUCUCAGGAAUUAACACAAUAUUUUCUGGGGGCACUUCAGCUUCAGGGGCACCUCAGGAAGCUGGGGAGGGCAGUGCGGAGAUCCUCACUUUCAUGUCAGGUUUUGAUUCGGGAUUCUUCAGUGGGGAUGGGUCUGGAUCAGGAAGUGGCUCAAGUUUUGGUUCAGCAGAGAGUGGGUCUUUGGCAGACCAAUUCGGUAUCUUAGGAGAUAGUGGAAGUGGAGAACCUUCUGGCAUUAUUUCAGGCCUUGGUUCUAGUGGUGAGGUCUCUGGAGUCAGUUGUUUUUCAUCAUCUUCCUCUGGAGAUGACAGUGGUUUCUCAGGGCUUAGUGGCAGUGGUUUAAUCAUGGAAGGUCAAGAAGUUGAACUGUCUACUGCUUCACUCCUAAAAUCACAGGAGUUAGGUGGAAGUGAGGUGCUUUUCAGUGGAUCUAGAGCUCUAGAAGGGUCUGGUUUGAGUGGUUCUGGUGUGGGUGACAGUGGUGAUUUAAGUGGCUCCGGUAGUGGUUCAGGAAUUUCUGCCAUCACCUUUUUGGACUCAAGCCUUACUAAUCUCAUAGACCUAUCCAGCAGAGAACAAGAGGCAUCUGGGAUUUUGAUGUAUGGCUCAGGAGAAGGGAGUGGUGACUUCUCUGGAGGCUCUGGUCUCCCAUCAGGAGACACAACAGAGGCAUCAACCAGUGGGGAUAUUGUAUCAUUUCCUGAUGAGAGUUUGAUGGAAGUUUUGUUUACAUCCACUCAAAACCAGGAGCUUAGAAAAGGACCAAUAGAGCACAGUGGGAAAGAGAGUGUAACAUUUUUGAGCAGUGGGCAUCAGGAUACGACUAUUUUAAGUGAAGACCACCAUCCCACAUCCCUCCCUAGUGAAGUCCCAGUUCAAUCAACUGAUGAGACAUCAGUUAUAGCUCCCUCAGGGUUGCUUAGUAACAGUGCAUGGCCACAGGAAAUUUUGUCAUCUAUUGCGACAACCUUCUGGAAAUAUGAUACUGUGACCCCAACUAUGGCUGACACCACUACCGAGCCUGCCUUUUCAGUGAACACCCCAACUGUCAUAGAGGCUCCAGCCAUGGAGCAAGCAUCUGUGGACCCAUGUAAUCCAAACCCCUGUGGUGGUGCUGCUGUGUGUUCUGUGCAAGAAGGGGUUGGUGUGUGUCACUGCCCACCUGGGGUGAAGGAGGAAGAGUGUCAUAUCGAGGUUGAUGUGUGCCAUUCAAACCCUUGUGCCAAUGGAGCUACGUGUGUGGAGGUACAGGAUGCUUUCAAAUGCUUAUGCCUGCCCAGCUAUGGAGGGGAUCGCUGUGAGAUCGACAUUGAAACAUGUGAGGAAGGCUGGACUAAGUUUCAGGGCAACUGUUACCUGCAUUUCCCGGACAGAACAGUGUGGGAGGAGGCUGAACAACACUGUCGGAGCCUUGGAGCUCACCUGGUCAGCAUCACCAAUCCGGAGGAGCAAGUAUUUGUUAACUCCAAUGCACAGGAUUACCAGUGGAUUGGACUAAAUGAUAAGACUUUUGAGAAUGACUUCCAGUGGACAGAUGGCACUCCAAUGCAAUAUGAGAACUGGAGACCUAAUCAGCCAGAUAACUAUUUUAACUCUGGCGAGGAUUGUGUGGUGAUGAUCUGGCACGAAAAUGGGCAGUGGAAUGAUGUGCCCUGCAACUAUCAUUUACCAUUUACAUGCAAAACUGGCCCAGUUACAUGCGGUCAGCCACCUGAACUGAAGAAUGCCAAGUGGUUUGGGGCUAAGAAGGAACGCUAUCAGGUCAACUCAAUAAUCAGAUAUCAGUGCAAUGAUGGCUUCAGACAGCGGCAUCCACCUGUGGUCCGCUGUAUGUCUGAUGGACACUGGCAGAAGCCACAGGUGGAAUGCAUACCCCAGGGUAAAAGAAGACUACAGAAGAGAUCCACUAGGCGUCGACCUGCUAAGAGGACAUCAUUGAGGAAGCACCUCUAAUGACUUAAAAAGUAAUAGUAACGAGAUUUCUUUAAAAUCAUUAAAUCUUGUUUUACAUGGCCUUGAAUUGAGAAUGCAUUAUCUAUUUAAAAAAGUGCUAUUUUUAAGUUAACUUCCCAACCUGUAUAUAGUGUCACACCCAACAUGUUGUGGUGCUUCGAUAAGAAAGAAAACAUAAGGUAAUGAAUUCUGUUAUUCUUUGUCCCACCUCAUCCUGGAAGCCACUUUAUUUAUGCAAGUAGUAUUUAUUCCCAUAGUUAAUGCAAUUGGAUCUCUAAACUUGCACCUACUGGAUCAGUUUUUUUCUCAGAGUAUCAGCUAAAUGUUACAAAACCUUUCAGAGGAGGAUCUUUCAUCCAGACAGUCUGGAAUUUUAUGGCAAAAGGGAACAGCUAAGAACUGUGUGCAAUUCUUCUUCUGAGUGGAAUUAUCAAAGAGGUUCUUGGUUUUCCUUUUUUUUUUUUGGUUUUGUUAUGUUUUGCUUUGCUUUGGAUGCAAUUGUGUUCAGUUUGCAAGUUACAAAAAAUUAUAGCACUUAAUGUAUACAAGAUAAUACAUAAUAGAUUCAAUUAUGUGAAGUAUUAUUUUCAUGUAUAGCUUGUCAGAAAGGAUAAUGAGUCUAAAAUGUAUAGCCAUCAAUAAGAAGAGGUUUACAUACAACUAAUUUAUUUAUACAAAUGGUCAAAAAGUGUCAUUUUUGAUACUUGUGUUGACAGUAAUGUGAAAAUAAGCAUAUUUAUUGACCUCUCACAAUAUUUCAGGUUGAGCAUCAAGUCCUUCCCUUAUUGUUUACAAUUAUAUCUUAAAAACUAUGAUAAAAGCAUAAAUGUAUAAAUGCUGUGGCAUUAUGUAGACAAAUUAGUAGGAUAUACAUAUAUUUUGGGUUACAUAAACUCUGGGUUUCCUCCAGGUACUCUGGUUUCCUCCCACAGUCCAAAGGGUUGAAUUUUGCAUUUCCAAAUUGCCUGUAGUAAAAGAUUAAGUGAGUGUGUGUGUGCUGCAGGGGAUUGACAACCCAUACAGGGUGUACCCUGCCCCGAGUCCCCUGGGAUAGGCUCUAGGCCUCCUACAACCCUACACAGAAUAAGUCAUGCAGAUACUGGAUGGUUGAACCACACAUUUGUACCUAGCAUAGGCUUUGUGUCCUGUUUAUUUUAAAUCAGCUUAUGUCUUAAUGCUCACCUGGUACAUUCUAUCUGGCAAUCUGACUUGGAUUGUCCAUCUUCUACACCUAGAUUACAUUUAAACAAAUACAUGAUGCAAAAAAAAAGCAUUACAUUUGGCAAAAGCAGUAAUUGAUGGCCAGAUCCUGUCAAAUUGUUAACUUGGACAUUAGUAUUGAUCAUUUGAGCCAUAUAUUACCAUAUAUUAUUGUUUUUUGUCUUAUUGUAAGCUGUGCAGGGCACAGUACUGUGAGACCAGCAUCACCCUUGUUAAAUAGCUCUUACUUUCAGUUCUCAUACAACCUCAGUGAUGUUUUUUUUUCUCUCUUAUUUUCAGCUGCUCCCGAUUAUAACUUGUGCCUUAUAAAUGUCUUUCUUAUGAAAUACCCAAAUUAUUGGGAUUGUUUAGUAUCAAUUAGGGGCUGUGCCCCUCUCUUCCCCAAGCAUUUGGUGAUCUCUUACAAACACUAACAUUGUUUUAUUCAUGAAUAUUUGACUGAUUUGUGCAACCAUAUAUACCAAGGGAACAAAAGCAGAUUUUGAUUCGUAGACAUGUUUUAUUGGAAAAAGGGGAUAAAGAGAGGAGACUAAGCCAUGCUGAAGAAGAGAAAUGUACACUGUGUCGGCAUCAGAUUUGACUUAUCUUUUUAAAUUUUGUCAGAUGACAUCAUGCAGGCUGUUUUUGCUUGAAUAAAUGUAUUUUUAAAAAAUGAAAAGGCGACAAAUGCCAAAUUAAAAUAAAUUCCACACAUCACUUUA